UCCUCCUCACCUGUAGGUGGCGUUGUUUGGAGACAGCCUUGAGUGAUUUAAUGUUUCGUGUGCAACCAAACAGCCGAGCUUGGUGGCUAGCGAGAGAAAACCAUCGAGUUUUUUUUUUUUUUGUAUCCUCGCCUUUCGUUCUGCAGGUCAGUCUUCCAAUUCCGUUGGAAGCUAAAACAGUCUCUGAAACUAAAGCAAAUCUGCUUGCGGAAAGUGUGCUGUGGAAUACGGACAUUUUUACAGGAGGAGGUUGAGCUGGCUAGCUGGCGUCGAAAAGGCAACCACGGCUACGCAGCGAGUCAGACGGCCAGGGAGAGCCGGGAGGACCACGGCACAACCGCCGCGAGCGCCACGGGGAGUCGGGGCCCGAGAGGGAGCCUGCCAGGCCCUCGGCUUGAUGCGCCCUGCCUGCUGCGCCUCAACCGCACUCCGAGAUGGGGGAGACCAAAAUUAUCUACCACCUCGACGACCAGGAGACACCAUAUCUGGUGAAACUGUCUGUGCCAGCGGACAAAGUCACUUUGGCAGACUUCAAAAAUGUCCUGAAGAAACCAAAUUACAAAUUCUUCUUCAAAUCCAUGGACGAUGACUUCGGGGUGGUAAAAGAGGAAAUAUCUGAUGACAACGCUAAGCUGCCCUGCUUUAAUGGACGUGUGGUGUCAUGGCUGGUUUCUGGAGACGGCGCCCACACAGAUGCUGGUUCCGCAGGCUCAGUGGCAGACUUGGAGGCAGCGCCCCCUUUGGAGAGGACAGGGGGCAUCGGAGACUCACGACCACCUUCUUACCAUGGGAAAGCAGCAAGCGGCCGGGACAGUUUGGACAAUGACACUGAGACGGGCUCCGUAGUGUCGCAACGCAGAGAGAGGGAGAAGCCCAGGCGAAAACACAGCGACCAUGGCGGAAGGCAGAAUGGUUACUCAUCACGGGCAGCGGGACGUGGCGUCACAGAGUACGACAGCUGCUCUUCUUUCAUGAGCAGCGAGCUGGAGUCCACUUCCUGCUUUGAUUCAGAAGACGAUGACGCUACCAGCAGGUUUAGUAGCUCCACAGAACAAAGCUCCUCUCGUUUAAUGAGACGACAUCGGCGCCGUCGGCGGAAACCCAAAGCCUCCAAUCUGGACAGGUCGUCAUCAUUCAGCAGCAUCACAGAUUCCACCAUGUCUCUCAACAUAAUCACGGUUACUCUCAACAUGGAGAAGUACAACUUCUUGGGCAUCAGUAUUGUGGGCCAAAGUAACGAGAGAGGCGAUGGAGGAAUCUACAUUGGCUCCAUCAUGAAGGGGGGAGCAGUGGCUGCGGACGGACGUAUUGAGCCCGGGGACAUGCUGUUGCAGGUGAACGAUAUCAACUUUGAGAACAUGAGCAACGAUGAUGCAGUUCGAGUGCUGAGGGACAUUGUGCACAAGCCUGGUCCCAUAACUCUGACUGUGGCCAAAUGCUGGGAUCCAAACCCACGGAGCUGCUUUGCUCUGCCGAGAAGUGAGCCAAUUCGACCAAUUGAUCCUGCUGCCUGGGUGUCUCAUACCGCAGCAAUGACUGGGGUGUAUCCCCCUUACGGCAUGAGCCCCUCCAUGAGCACCGUCACGUCCACCAGCUCCUCCAUCAGCAGCUCCAUUCCAGAAACUGAACGAUUUGAUGACUUCCACCUCUCCAUUCACACCGACAUGGCAACUGUUGCUAAGGCCAUGGCAUGUCCAGAGUCAGGCCUGGAAGUGCGAGACAGGAUGUGGCUGAAGAUCACCAUCGCAAAUGCCUUUAUUGGAUCUGAUGUGGUGGACUGGCUCUUCCAUCACGUGGAAGGCUUUACAGACCGCAGAGAAGCCCGUAAAUAUGCCAGCAACUUACUGAAGGCCGGCUACAUCCGACACACUGUCAACAAGAUCACCUUCUCCGAGCAGUGCUACUACGUGUUUGGAGACCUGUGUGGCAAUAUGACCCACCUGUCUCUCCAUGACCACGACGGUUCAAGUGGGGGCGCCUCAGAUCAGGAUACCCUCCCUCCUCUGCCUCACCCCGGGGCAGCUCCGUGGCCUCUGCCUCUGCCCUACCAGUUCCCCAUCCCUCACCCGUAUGACCUGUCGCAGCCCUUCCAUGGUGGGCCGGCUGCCGGUAGUGCAGGAAGCCAGCACAGCGAAAGCAGCGGUUCCAACUGCAGCAAGAACGAAGGGCGGAAAUCUGGCGGCAGCGGGAGCGAACCAGAGAUCAGGAGCCACCGAGCUCCCAGCGAGCGCUCCGUGGCUCCCCCUAGCGAGCGAAGUGUGCGCAGCUCCUUGAGCCACCGCAGUGCCAACUCGCAUUCGUUAGCCUACGGGCAAGGCCUCAUCUACGGGCCGCCCGGCUUGCCCCCGCAGCCGCCGCAUCUGUCAACGGCGGCCCCCGGGGCCCCGCCGGGCAGGGAACUGGCCUCGGUCCCCCCUGAGCUCACUGCAUCACGCCAGUCCCUGCGAAUGGCUGUGGGCAACGCUGGAGAGUUCUUUGUAGAUGUCAUGUGACUCGGGUCAGAGGGCGAUCAGAUGAAAGAGUAGCAGAUUGGGUGUGAAGAUUGCAUCAGCUGUAUUUCAAGGCCGAGAUUCCUAAAGCAUGGAUGCAAUCAGUCCUGUGUGUGCUGUGUGAGAAAAAAACAUGUUCCUCCUCUUUUGUGCUUCUCUUCUUCAUUAGUUGUGGCCAUACUUUCUUCAGUGAAGAAAAAAAAACAUCCCACCCCCCACCCAAGAUGGAACCAAAGCGCCUGUCAGUUUCCGCCCGUCAGUGGGGAAGAGUUUGUGCUCGGACAAAGACCAAGAGAGGGAGGGAGUUGGUGGAAACAGACAGAUGGGGAGGAUGACUCAGCGCUUUUCACAUGGAUGUUUUUCAUUUGUUUUUCUCUUUGCUCUUCCCUCUUGCCUGCCUUCCUAACCCCCUCCCCUCGUCCCUCCCCUCGUCCCUCCCCACACAUGUCCAGGUCUUACCUCUAACAUGAACAAAGCUGUAUCGAACACUAAUCUUGUUCAGACUUUAAAUAUUUGCUUGAGAAAAAAUGUCAUUCAAGAGCAUCACAGACCUUACUGUCGGAAUGUUAUUUUGUUUUUAUCAUGUAUGUAGUUGAUCUGUGCUAAACAUGAGCCGCCCGCUUACACUACAUAAGUACAUUUUCUUCUGAUAACGCCAGCAUUUUUAGUUUGUCCUGUUGCAAUGUAUAGGAUACAAAUUCUUACCAUGUCUUUCACACUACUCUUUUAUCAAGGAAAUGCCUUUUUAUUUAUAAAUAUAGUUUUAUGACUUAACUUUAUGAACCAGUGUUGACUGUGUUUGUAUGUGGACGUAUUUUCGGCCAUUUUGGGUACUGCCUGGACCCACGAUGAGUCUGGAACCAGCCACAUUUGCUACAGGGGUGGGUGGACCUGAUUUAAAUGCUUACAUUUUGGUCCUGUCGGCCACAAAUUAAAAAGUACAAUUUAAGCGACCUGGAAAAGGACGUUUUGUCGACAGCUGAGCGUGGGAAAAAAAAGCCAAAAAUAGGAGCAACACGAAAAGCUGGUUAUAGGU